AUGGGGAAGUUUAACACAUUAGCCGCUAUUUUUUGCUUUGUGCUUUUUUGCCUCCCGGCUCUGUACUAUGGUAUGUCUCAUGAUAAAAAGAUCAAUUUGAAAAUAGAAUUGGUCGACAAAGAUUUGUUACUGUCGCCUGAGCACUUGAAGAAAGAAAAGAACAUUCUUCAGAAUGGGAAAAAAAUUAAAAUAAAAAUUUUCGAAAAAAUAAAGGAAAAUGUUCUCGAGCGAGCCUUAGUUGUGCAAGAAGUGGACAAAAUUAAAGGCAUGAAUGCGUCAAAAAGGGGCAACGCCGCAAGUUUGCAAUAUUUGAGUGAUGAUUCGGGCGACGAUGGUGCUGAUGGGGAUGAUGAUAAUGACGAGGAUGAUAAUAGCAAUGAUGCCGCUUCGGGGGUGGCAGAUGAAGCUGGGAGUGAGGAGGAAUACGAUGCACAUGCUGCAAGUGACAUGAAAGUUAUUUCAACCGAGGAAUCUACUGAAAAUGAUGUCCAUAUGCUGCGCAAGGUCUAUCAGAAAAAAUCGGAUGCAGAAUCCACUACCUACUGCUACAUGAGGUACACAUUUAAUUUAAAUUUGGAUAAAUUAAGUGAAAAUAGCAAGAGUGAGUUAUUCAAAGGAUUGGAUAAAUCGCUAGAUUAUAUGUCCUUUUUGCCGAAAGAGGAUCAAGGUAAUGAUACUGAACAGAUUCUAGAUCAUGAGUACAAGCGCAUGGACAAAUCGACCGAGUCAAAUGAAUCCAUACUAUCAAGUGUGGAACUGAGGAAUGAUGAUCUUACUUCAUGCCCUAAUUCGGAGUAUGUCGAAACUAUCGAUGAUAUUGUUAGCUGCCUGGAGAGUAUGAGUAGUAGGUUAGCCAUCCCUUCGUCAAUCAAAAACAAAUUAUUGAGCGAAAGGGAUCUUAUAAAAGGGUGCCAUGACGUGGAAGCAGGCGAUGCCAGUUCGACCGGUAAUGCGUUUGAAGAUAAUGCGCCUGAUAAUAAUGCUGAAAAAACUGCGCUUUACGAAAUAUUGGCAAAUUUAAAGGACUCUUUUAUGAUGAAAAAAAAGGUAAUAAAUUUACUACGCAAUGGAAGCACUAAUGCAGAAGAUGCUAACACGGACAGGGUUUCGGACAAAGACCUGGACGAAAUUUUCGUAGACUCAAUUGAGCGCACAUUUGAUUGUUAUGACGUUCUGAAAGGGAGUGAGCUAUUAGAUUCUAUACUAUCGAGCGAGGAGGAGAAGAAAACCCUAGUGGAAGAAUUACCCAAUACGAAAGAAGUAGAUAUCAGCAAUCACCAGUUUGGAUAUGCCCCAGGGGAAAGCUCGGAGGAGAACUCUUUGGCUAAUGGUGAUGAUAAGGACAAAUGUGUAGUCUUUUUUAAAGGAAUUUUACAAAGCGAAAUAUUUGCACGUGAUUCCUCUCUUUCGCAUAAUUUGAUAGGGGGACAUUUUCAGAUGCUCAACGAUGAGGUGCAAGGUGAUGGGUUGAGCAACGCAAGUGCGAGUAAUUCAGGCGGGGAAGACGCAACAUAUACAGAUUCCUUUUUCAAUAGUUCUUCACGCAUGCCGAUAGUAGAAUAUGGCUCUGCGAAAUUACACAGUGCAUUUAUGGGCGAUGAGCGUCACAUAGAUGUUAGAGCUAGCGAAAGGGACAACUCUAAGGAGGCUACAUCUAACUGGCAAGACAACCGACAAGUUUUCGCUAAUACUGAGUCCUUUGCAGAUAUGUCUACAGGGAUGAGAAAUUAUGAAAUGGAUGACGAGGAUGAGGAUGAUGAAGAUGAAGACGAUGAGGAGGAAGAAGAGGAGGAUGACGAUGAUGAGGAAGAGGAUGAAGUGGAAGUGGAUGAAGAAGACGACGAAGAAGAAGAGGACGAGAAUGAGGAGGACGAGGAUGAUGAGGAGGACGACGAUGAUGAGCAGGACGACGAUGAUGAGGACGAGGAAGAAGAAGAGGAUGAGGAAGAGCAUGAUGAGGAGGAGGAUGACGAUGAUGAGUAUGAUGAGGAACCCAACCGUUCAUCUCUAGGCGUGAAGGACCUGUUGGGUAAUUUAUUAAAAAGAGGAUCGAACAAGUUAAUAGAUAAAGCUACAAAUAAAGUGUCCAGUGUCAUAGGGAAGAAAUUCAACAUAGACAAGCUAUCCAAGAAGGCUAACAAAAUGGUGAGGAAAAUUAAAGACGCAUCUAAAAAGACUUCUAAGAAAUAUAAGAAGGCAAAAAAAGGGGUAAAGAAAUCUGUUAAGAAGGCGAAAUUGGUCUCAAAGGAGAAUGUGAAUAAACUUAAAAAGGAAGCGAAAAAUGGAGUGAAGAACCUAAAAGAUAUCGGAAAGAAUGGCAUUCGUAAAAUUAAGGAUUCGACGAAAAAGGGAGGAAAGAGUCUGAAAAAGCAAGGCAAAGAAGUCUUCGAUAAGGCUGUGCAUGUAGCGAAGGAUGAGAUUGAUAAAGUCAAGAAGGAAACGAAAAACAGUAUUGAUAAGGGGGAAAAAAAUGUGAAACAGGUGGCAAAAAAAGGAAUCCAGACGGGGAAAAACAAGGUGAAAAAAGUGGCCAAGGAGGGCAUUAAUAAGGCGGAGAAAGUGGCACAGAAGGGCAUUAAUAAGGCGGAGAAAGUGGCACAGAAGGGCAUCGAUAAGGUGCAGGAAGCGGCACAAGCAGGCGUAAACAAAGCGCAAAAAGUCAUGGAUAAGACGCAGGAAGCAGCCCAAGCAGGCGUAAACAAAGCGCAGAAAGUCAUCGAUAAGACGCAGGCAGCAGCUCAAGCAGGCGUAAACAAAGCGCAGAAAGUCAUCGACAACGCGCAGAAGGAAGUCGAGAAAACAAAAAAGGAAGCGAAAAGUAGCGGCGCAAGCUCCAAGAAAAGAACAGCUGGAAAUGGAAAUAAAACGAAUAAAUCACCUAAUACUGGCAUAAAGGGUAGUACGGUGAUACCUAAGGAGAAGGCGGCUUCAAAACAGAGUUAUAACGAUCCCUCGGGGCAAAAAGUUUCGAAAAGCAAAAAGUCCUUCUUAAGCAUAUCAGACGAAUCCAGUGAGAAUACCUCAAACAGGAAGAAAAUAAAAAGUGAAAUAAAGAAAAUUAAUAAAGGAUACAAAAAGUUGAGAAAGAUGGAAAAAAAAGUAAAGGACGAGUUGAAAAAUCCCGUCCCUUCUGACAAGAAAAUAAUUCAAGAAUUCGAUGAUUUUGAAAAAUCGAAUGAAGAGAAAAAGGAGUAG